AUGUCGACUAUCACUCUCAGUUGUUUGGUCGUAGGUAAAAACCCUUACGAUAAUUCUUUUCUGGUUGAUAUUGACACUAACAAGGUUAAGACUGUUGGGCAUCUCAAGAAAGCUAUUAAGGAAGAACAGCCACAGAUCUUUACUAACGUUGACGCCAAAGACAUUAAUGAGAAACUUCCACCUAUUCAAAGAUUAGCAAACACUCUUCCCUCUCAGCCAGCCGACGAGCACAUACAUAUCAUCGUACAGCGUCCUGUUGAGACGAAAGAGAUACAUUGUACUGCGACGUAUGGUCGUAAGAAAGAAGCUUGUGAAUAUUUCAUGUUUCCGGAUGAGACAGAAAACGGGCAUAUCGUAAUAGGUCGUAUAGUAGGUGGAGCCGGUUUAAAGAGAAAAAUUUCGACAAGUAAAAUGCAUAAAAAAUUAGAUCAAACAAGUUCGAGUUCCCAGAGUGCAAGUGAUACGGUGGAGAUUGCGACAGAGUGUAAAGUUAUUCAAUUUUCUGCUGAUGAAGAUUUAUUGAGCAUUAUCUGGACUGCUAACUCCAAGGCUGAUAGCUAUGAUCAUUUAUCAUGUAUUGAGAUUGGAAGUUCAGCAACUCCAGAAGAAAUCAGGAAUAGUGUGAUUGAAAAUUUUUUAAGAAUGCACAAAGCAUCCCCACCCAUCACUAGCGCGAAUGAGGCCACCCGUUGUGAAUUUAUUUCUGCGAUUAUAUAUGUUUAUCCCCAAUAUGAAGUCUCUCCUCUUUCCCAAGAAGAAACUGAAAACCAAAGUGAAAUGCAAGAGUUUCAACUAUUUCCG